CCUAGACUCUCACUAAACCCUCAAGAGCAUAUAAAUGACUCGGAACGGUUUGUUUUUGUCUCAGGAGAAGCGUGAGUUGCCACCACAGCAGAUACAUCAUCCAUUCAUCCAGGUGGACAGAAAAGGCAGGAAAACUGAAGAUGGGGCUUUUGGCUUUCUUUGGUCUCAGCUUCCUAAUUGCUGCUCCAUUUUUGAGAGGUGCUGAGGCUGCCUGCUGCCACAUGGAGUGGUUGCCAUACGGUUCCUAUUGCUACAAACUCUUCAGCGAUAAAGUGAGCUGGGCUGAGGCAGAGAUUGCCUGCCAAGAUUACUUCCUCGGCGGUCACCUGGCCUCCAUCCACAGCGCGGAACAAUCUGCCGAGCUGGCCAAGUACAUCAUUAAAUACCGCAAAGUUGGAAGCCAUGUCUGGAUUGGACUGCGUGACCCCCGGAAGAACCGGCAGUGGCAGUGGACGGAUCGGUCUUCAAACAGCUACAAGAACUGGAAUGCUGGAGAACCCAACAACAACAACAACAACGAGAACUGCGUCGAUCUUUGGGCUGACACAGGAUACAUGAAGUGGAACGAUGAGAACUGCAACUCUGCUCUUUCGUACCUCUGUCAGUACAAACUCUAGGAUGGAGUCCCCGUUUCUCAUCACCUGAGAAGGCAGGGUCAGGAAGACACACCCUUCAGAUAAAGGAAAGGGGAUAUUCCUGCAAGGACCCCAUCUCUACAUCCUUUUAUCAUCUCUCCUUGUUGAUUGGUGGUUAGUUUGCUUGCUUACGUCUCCUGGUUGUUGAUCAGAAAAAUGUAACGUCCAAUAAACUUCAUCUUUAUCUCUU